AUGCCCAGUCGUCGUGCAGCAUCGCCUGCUGCGUCCGAGCCGGAGCUGGACAUUCUCGACUCGUUAUACCCCGGCGAAGGCGAGAACGGAGGACAGAGCUUCGGCGAAGAUGGACUCGACUUUGAUGGCUUUCUCAACACUGGCGCGGGAGGAGACGGCGAAGAUGACGAUGAGGCCUUUAUUGCGCUGCAGCAGGCGGCUUCAUAUCGCAAGGCCUCCAAUCUCAAGGGCAGGACGGUCAAGAAAGGCGGCGGUUUCCAGGCAAUGGGCCUCAAUGCGAAUAUCCUCAAAGCCAUCGCCCGCAAGGGUUUCUCAGUGCCGACGCCGAUCCAGAGGAAAACGAUUCCCCUCGUUCUCGAAAGACGAGAUGUCGUCGGCAUGGCCAGAACCGGUUCAGGAAAGACAGCCGCCUUUGUCAUCCCCAUGAUUGAGCGGCUGCGCGCCCACAGCUCCAAGUUUGGUGCCCGAGCGCUCAUCCUUUCGCCCUCGCGAGAACUGGCCAUCCAGACGCUCAAGGUUGUCAAGGAACUCGGCCGAGGAACCGAUCUCAAGGCCGUGCUGUUGGUCGGAGGUGACAGCCUGGAGGAGCAGUUUGGCUUCAUGUCUGCGAACCCGGACAUUGUCAUUGCUACGCCUGGUCGAUUCCUGCAUCUCAAGGUCGAGAUGAACCUCGAUCUCUCAUCCAUCAAAUACGUCGUCUUUGACGAAGCCGAUCGAUUGUUCGAAAUGGGUUUCGCCACUCAGUUGACCGAAAUCUUACACGCGCUCCCUCCUUCAAGACAGACACUUCUCUUCUCCGCCACGCUCCCAGCCUCAUUAGUCGAGUUUGCCCGCGCCGGUCUUCAAGAUCCCAGCCUUGUGCGACUUGAUGCAGAUACCAAGAUGUCCCCUGACUUGGAAAUUGCAUUCUUCUCCGUCAAGGGAGCUGAAAAGGAAGGCUCCCUGCUUCAUAUCCUUCACGAUGUGAUCAGAGUUCCUCUCGGACCCCCUGCAAGCGCACAGGAGUCUACAGAAAACAAUUCCAAGAAGCGAAAGCGUGGACCCGAUGGUGGCUCCGGAAAGCCAACAGAGCACUCUACAAUUAUUUUCACAGCUACAAAACAUCACGUCGAGUACCUUUACAACCUGUUACAACAAGCUGGAUUUGCAACAUCUCACGUAUACGGUUCUCUUGACCAAACCGCUCGAAGAAUACAGGUAGAGGAUUUCCGAAAUGGUAAGACGAACCUAUUAGUCGUCACAGAUGUCGCUGCCAGAGGUAUCGAUAUUCCCGUGUUGGCCAAUGUCAUCAACUUCGACUUUCCCCCGCAACCCAAAGUAUUUAUCCACAGAGUCGGUCGUACAGCUCGUGCCGGCCAGAGGGGUUGGGCUUACAGUUUGGUACGAGACAUCGAUGCCCCAUAUCUGCUAGAUCUACAGCUUUUCCUCGGCAAGAGACUGGUUGUCGGCCAGGCAGAGAAGAGUCCAUCAUUCACCGAGGACGUCGUUGUUGGAUCCCUGCAGCGAGACUCUGUAGGAACACACAUGGAAUGGUUCAACAAGUUCAUGGAUCAGAGCGAAGACGUCAGCGCCUUACGAGCCGUUGCCGCCAAAGCAGAGAAGCUCUACAUGAAGACUCGAAACUCGGCUUCAAGUCAGAGCGCAAAGCGUUCAAGAGAAGAAGUAGCAUCCAGGGGCUGGUCACAGCUACAUCCCCUUUUCGGCGAGGACGUCGAUGACGCAGAAGAGGCUCGGGCCGCCAUGUUAGCUAAAAUCAGCAACUUCAAGCCUCAGGAGACCAUUUUCGAGAUUGGGCAGGGAGAUAAAGCGACAAGUGCGGCAGCAGAAGUGAUGAAAGAGCUGCGCAAGAGAGUCAAGCCACGCAAGCGGCAAGAGAAGGAAGACGAAGCCGAAAAUAUGGAAGUCGACGACGAUUUCGGCGGUGCCCCGGCCCAAGACAGCGAUGACGACGAGGAUACCAACGAAAAUGAUGAAGACGACUACGGCGACGACGAUCUCCAAGUCACAGUCACAAACACCGGCAAGUCCAAAAAGGAAAAGGGCCGCACCGACUGGCGCGACAACGACGUCUUCAUGUCCUACACGCCCCGCACCGUCAACGCCGCCGAGGAGCGCGGCUACGGCGUCCACUCGGGCGGCAACAACUCGUCCUUUGUCGAGCUCGCCCGCGACGCCGCCAUGGACCUCACAAACGACGAGACCGCAAAGGCCUUUGGCGCACCGACCCGCGCGCGCAUGCGCUGGGACGCAAAGUCCAAGAAAUACGUCAACAGCGCAAACGACGAGGACGGCUCAAAGGGCGCGCGCCUCAUCACCGGCGAGAGCGGCGUCAAGAUUGCCGCCAGCUUCCAGAGCGGGCGCUUCGACAAGUGGAAAAAGGCCAACCGCGUGCACAAGCUGCCGCAGGUGGGCGAGCUGGUCAAAUCUGGCGGCGGCAACGGCGUGGGCCGUCUCCCCUCGGGCGUGCGGUACAAGCACAACAAGGAGCAGGCGCCCAAGGAGGCCGACAAGUAUAGGGACGACUUUGAGAAACGCAAGAAGAGGGUUAAUGAGGCUCGUGAGAAGCGUGUGGGACGCUUCAAGGAUGGCAUGGGCAGCAAGAAGGAGGUCAAGGAUGUGAAUGACAUCCGGAGGGCGAGACAGGAGAAGGAGAGGAAGAGGGCCAAGACGGGUAGGCAUCAGGUCAAGGGUAAAGGGGGUAAAAGGAGGUAA